CCUAUGAAAGAGCAUGUUUUGUCAUUAGGCGUGAAACUCUGUUAAAUUUCUAAUGAGAAAAGAAAUGAAAUUGAAACAAAGGACAAGAAGAAAGAAUAAACCUUCUUUGGAAGGGCUCCGGCUCUAUAACGAUAAUACUUUCUAGAUGCAGCAUCCCUUAAGAGCACUUGAGAAUCUCCGCAAAAAGUAACAAUCAAUACAUUAUGAGUAAAACACCAUCUCAUAACAUCACGAAGGGAGAGUUGUUCCAAUAUAUACCAUAAUGAAAUUUACUAGAAGCAAAUGAGAUAGUCCAUCAACUGAGAAGCCGAAGAUACCUGUUGUAUAUGGUUUGGCUUUGAGACUAUUGUUCAAUGGAAGGAUGGUGUGGAUUGACUCUCUCAGUCUACUUAUUUCGCAUUUUCACAACCUCGAGCUCGGUUCAGGUUCCAUUUUGAGGAUUUUGAAGGAUUAUGUACAAGGUCAUGGCUAGUGUAAUGUGAGAGGAUAAUCUUUCUAUGGAGGGGCUACAAAGGCCUUGCAAGGUGAUGUAUGAUAGGAACACCUAAAUUCCACAUAAUUUGCUAAAAAUAGCUGAAUCCUAUCUAAGACUGUGGAGGCUACAAUCAAUCGAUUCAUGAAGAUGUGCGGGGCGACACAAUAUCACUAAAAAAGCUAUAUUGGUGGCUACAUUCAAGAGAUGUGAUUUGAUGUUAGCAACAAGGUAUUGUUGAAGAUUAUGAUGAUUGAAAGAUGUGUAGGGAGACACAAUAUCACUAGAAGACCUAUAUUGGUGGCUAUAGUCAAGAGAUGUAAUUUGAUAUUAGCAACAAGGCAUUAUUGAAGAUUAUGAUGAUUGAAAAGCGUAUUGAAAUUUGAUAAGAGCAAGUUGUGUCCGAGAUACACUAAACUACAUGAAAUUUCCAGAGUGUUUGGCACGGUGGCCUAUUUAUAAGCAAUUAUCAUCGAAGUUAGGGCACACCCGCAAUGUGAUUCUCGUGAGCUUGCUUAAGAUGGUCGACUCAUACCCUUCACCAAACGAUGGCCAAACCUUUCAAACUUAGCAUCCAUCAAAAUGAAAGCCAAUUACAUCACCAGACAUAAUUCAAGAGAUGGAACUACAUUUAAUCGAGCUCCACGUGCUUAUCAUCUCAGCCGUUCGUGAAUUCAAACUAGUCUCACUAUGAUAUAAGGUAAGUAUAUCUACAAAACAACUAAAGAUUUCAAUUUAUUUAUAACCGAUAUUGUAAAAUGGAAAUAGAUUUAAUCGAGUUCAAAGGCCUUAUCUUCUCGACCAAUAAGACGAAUUUCAAAUCCAAAAACUAAAAUAAUUGGAAACACAUUGAUUAACAUAAAAUUAAUUUUCUAAGUUUUAAUUUAAUAUUAUUUUCAUAAAAAUGUUUUUUUUUUUCUGUUAUAUAAGUAAGGAUGUAUGGGAGAAUUUUCAGAUUUAGUGCAAGUGAAUGCCACCUCUGCAACUUCCUUGUUCCCAAAUAGCCAUUCGUUCUCCGGCGUUCUCUCUUUCUGGUAGUUUCAGUUUCAGCUUUGUCGCCACAAAGAAAAUGAUGGAAACGGCGAAACGAAAGCGAUAGCUGCAGAGAAAUCUAACCAAGGAAAAUCGCCUUUGCUUCCUUUUGCCUUCUUUCUCCAUUGUCACUCUGCUCCACCUCCUAACCCUUUUUUCACUUUUCACUCGCCCCAACUCUGCUUCUUCCCCAAUUUCGGUCUCCCCGUCUCCGUCAUGGACCGCCACCAGGGUUUUCCUCCGCCCGCCGCCGUCACCGAUGCGAAUGCUUCUGCUGCGACCGCCGCCGCCGCCUCAGGUUCGUCGGCCAGAGGAAGCAUUGCCGAGAGAAGGGCUGCCACAUGCGGCUUCAAAGCCGAGAGGAUCACUUCUCCCCGCUUCGGCACUACCGCCAGUCCUUUGGAUUCCUCUGCCGCUCACUCUCCUUGCAUUACCAUUCCCGCCGGAAUUAGCCCCACCGCUCUCCUCGAUUCCCCAGUUUUGCUCCCAAAUUCUCAGCCUUCUCCAACAACUGGAAGUUUUCCAUCAACCCUUCUCGGUUAUGAAAAUGGGGCACUCAAUGGCGAUAUGAACCCAGUUGGUAGUGCUGAAUCUUCCUUCAGACUCAAACAUCAUGGAGAUCAAGACUCCCAGCAAAGAUUUUCAACUAUGGAUAAUCAGGGAUAUAAUGUUGGCUCACAGGCUCUUGCUUUAGCACCAAUGGAUUUUGAAUUUCCUGCAGAGUUUUCGAAGGAGGCAACUGUAAAUAGUUGUAGAGGGGACCUGGUCAAUGAUACUAAACCAGUAAAUAGUAUGGUUUUGCCCAACUUCAUUGAUGCACAGAUUUGCCAUUCUGUUGCAUCUAGAAACCAAUCAUCUGUACAAAGGAGACCUUUAAAUGGUAGAAGUGAUGUUAUCCAUCACCCUGUGGAAGACCAGAAAAGCACAUUCACCGGGACAGGAGGAGGUGGGAGAACUUCGGAAGAUGGAUACAGUUGGAGAAAGUAUGGACAGAAGCAGGUGAAAGGUAGCGAAUACCCAAGAAGCUACUACAAGUGCACCAACCCGAGUUGUCAGGUGAAGAAAAAGAUAGAGCGGUCACUUGAUGGCCAAAUAACGGAGAUAAUCUACAAAAAUGCUCAUAACCAUCCCAAACCUAAUCAAGUCCGUCGAGGAGCGCAGCUUGAAUCUUCACCCACUGCUGAUGACAAUCCAGAUAUUGAUGAAGGCAGCGGAAGAAACUGUGUUAAGAUUGAAAGAGGAUCGCUCGUUGUUAAAAAUGCAGAGUUAGGUAAAAAAGAUAACAAUGAACCCGGUACUGAUUGGAGGGCAGCUGAUGGCCUGGAGAGGACAUCUUCUGCAUCUGUCAUGACAGAGCUUUCUGAUCUUUUGUCACCUAACCAAGGGAAAUCUGUGGUGACAUUUGAAUCGGUUGAAACACCAGAGCUCUCCUCUGCAGUUGCCAGUCAUGAAGAAGAUGAUGAUGAUGGGAUAACUCAGGGAAGCAUAUCAGUUGGAAGUUACAUUGAUGAGGAAGAAUCUGAUUCCAAAAGGAGAAAGAUAGAGAGCUGCCUGGGUGAGUCAAAUGUGUCAUCCAGGGCUGUCCGGGAGCCAAGAGUUGUUGUCCAAAUAGAGAGCGAGGUAGACAUCCUGGAUGAUGGAUAUCGCUGGAGGAAGUAUGGUCAAAAAGUUGUCAAAGGCAAUCCAAAUCCCAGGAGUUACUACAAAUGCACGAGCCUAGGUUGUUCAGUGAGGAAGCAUGUGGAGAGGGCCUCCCACAAUCUGAAAUACGUUAUCACCACAUAUGAAGGGAAGCAUAAUCACGAAGUGCCGGCAGCAAGAAACAGCAAUAGUUUAAGCUCAAAUGGCAGUUCUCUGUCCCAAGCUUCUGGCAACACACAGCCUGGUUUGACACUACCCAGAGGUGGAGCCUCUGUCCCGAAACCUGAAACGCAGAUGCAAGAUUUUGUGCCUGGUUUUGAUCGAAGAUCGCUGUUUAAUAACAGCAGUGAUUAUCUGAGAGGUGGUUUCUCUGGGAACUUCGUCAGUGAGAUGAAGCUGGAGCCAAUUUAUUCAAUGAAGUUCCCUGCCAUGCAUAGCAGCAUCCCUUACGGCUCCUACAGUUUCAACUCCACCCGGACACCGAUCCAUCAGCCGGGUUCCAUGGGGCCACUUGUUCCACAGUUCCCAUUGCCGCUGUCCUCGAGUCUGCACACAUUGGGUGGCGUUGACUUGUCGAAUCAUGUGCCUCCAGGUAUGGGUCAAGUUGCCCAGCCUUUUAUCCCAGGUCAGCAGAGGAUCAGGCCUAAACAAGAACUGAAGGAUGAUAAUUUCUAUGAUGCCGGCGCCGCCUCCUCCAUUGUUAAUCAAUUAAAUGCAUCUCAGCCCCAGCUCUAUCAACGCAUUAUGGGGAAUUUUCCAUCUUAGAUGAUAAUGUGCUCUGCAUCUAAGCUAGGUUAGGAUUAGGAAAAAAAGAACGGGUAAAGAAAGGCGAGAUAAGAAAGGAUAGAGACUAUAACGAGUCUCUGUUCUGUUUUGCACAGCAAAAUUGCAGUGAGUUUUUGUCUGUGACUUGGGUUUUUCUAUUUUGGAUACCUGUAGAAAGGCAGGUUUUAAGAAUUUAUAGAAGAAUAUAGGGAAAAGAGAGGAGAAAGAAGGAAGAUAGAAGCAUAGAUAGCAGUAUUUUUCUUCUUAUCAAUAUGUAAUUUGGUUUGUUUCAUAAUUAUAAGCAAUCCAUGAGCUUUUGCCAACAUGCCAUUCUCCUGCAGCAUUACUCCCUCAGAGUCCCAUCACCACACCCUCUCUCUUGAGCAUAAUGCUCAACUCUCCUUCAAGGUUAUAACUUAUAAAGGCAACAUAACUUCUAUAUCGAAAUGUCGCCUGAACCAUGAGGUAGCACUCUCCUUAAAGUCGUUAGGGUGCACGACGAAUCACCCAUUGCAGUGCAAUCUGUGAAAAAGUACUCAAUCCAUCACAUUAACAAGCAAACCUCACCUUCUAAUUGAGAGGUAGGGGACUAAGAAUCAGAGCAUGAAAGGCCGCUGGGAGGUGAAGGAUCUUGCCAGAUAUACGAGUACCAGCACUACGUAGCCUAAACAGUAGGCACAGAGUCGCAGCAUGGAAAAAGAACCAGAUUGCACCCUCCUACUUACAUGGAUACAAUCAAUUCGAAACAUUGUA